AUGCACACCGCCAACUUUGUGAUUCGAGUGCUCAAAUCGUGGGCUCGCCUAGUGGCCACGCAUCACGUCUACAAACUGCCACCGUUCAUCCAUAGGCUACAGCUAUCAAAAGAUAGCAGCCUCCCUGCCCCUUUGGCCAACUGCUUUACUCUGGUCAAAAUGUGGAGCGAGCAUACACAAGGCAGCAUGGGCUUGGUGGAGAGCACAGUCUUGCUGGAGAUCCAAAGGCUGCUCCGAGAGUAUGGCUCAUAUAAUGAGACGGAUCUCUUGGCUGCCCUUCAAUCCUUACUCCUUUUGUUAACUAUUGUUCUUUUUGGUCUACAUCAGACAGGCUCGGCCAUAACGAAAUCCAUCGCGGCCGAGUUAAUAGUCGAAGUAUGGGACGUCAAGUCCUCUGUGGCUAGCACGGGCAUCUUGCUAGAUGAAGAACAAAGUCACGUCUUGCCCACAUGGCGUGAAUGGGCAUUGGUAUCCGCCAAGCGAAGGACGAUCCAGGCUCUUCAUCAUCUGGAUUGGGCAUGGUCAUUGGUCCAUGGAUAUCCAGUUCUUACCUGCUUUGAACUCGGACCAUUGCCGGCGCCGACAGCCGGGUAUUUAUGGAACGAAAAUGAUGAGCUACAGUGGAAGCAGUCUUAUACCAGAUGGUUGGAUAUCUGGAAAACUGGUGGGAGCUAUAAGCUGGGAGAGCUCUUCAACAUUGAUCCCGGUGAUGAUUUGAAUUCGAGGACGGAAAUGUGGCUAGCGGAAGUGGACGAAUACGGCAUGGUUUUGAUGGCAGAGUUAAACGCCGUUGAUGUUUGA